AGCGCGACGGUCGCCAUGGAGACGCGUGGCGCCGUCUCCAUUGCAGCAGCAGCAGCGGCAGCACGGGGUGCUCGAGGAGAGAUGAAGGCGUAUCUGAAGGGAGCAAAUGGGAUGCUGCCUCUCUCGCAGAAGCCCAUCGGAGUGGGCAGUGGUGCUGACUGCCAGCUCCACAUACAGGGCUGCGACGACACAGAGGAUCGCCAUGCUCUGCUGAGGUUCAGCGCGGCAGAUGGCUGCUUCGUUCUGCAAGACCUCAACUCCGCCAACGGGACGUACGUGAACGGCUGCCGUGUGCAGAACGCCACUGUGCGCCUGGCUCCCGGAGACACCAUCCGCUUCGGGGGCUCCCCUCACUCCUACUCCCUGGAAGUCCCUGCAGAGCCACAGGUGUGUUGCCCUCCAGUGGGCCACAAGCAAGCCUGGUCUGGGCCCAUUACUGUGCUGCAGGAGGCUCCAAGUAGUCCUGUGACUCACCCUCCUCUACCAGUACUCGGCAGUCCUGCAGCUAAUAGUGCCGACACCAGAAGCAACCCCUGGUCUCAGUGGAAUCGUGGAUCAGGAAUUCCUCACCCACCACAGAAGCCUCGACCCCACAGCGCAGGCAGCCGGAGGCUAAGCUCCUCCAUCCACAGCCCGACGGCUACUGCGCCAGAGGACAACUGGAGCCACUGUGACGGAUACAGCCGAGUAAACGGCGAUCCCGUCGCCAUCCAGUGCAGCUCGGAGGCACUUUUGCAACAGAAGGAGCAGCAGCUGCUAAAGCUGGGAGAUGAGGUGAAGCGCCUGCUUGUGUUUGAGGCUGAGUCAAAGCGUAAAGAUUUGGUCAUCUCGACCCUGAGGGAUGAGACGGGGGCACUGAGACAGCAGCUGACACAGAAAGAGUUGUGGGCAGCUGAAAGGGAUGGCACGCGACCGGCCCUGGAGAGAGAGCUCCACAACAGGACGCAGGAGGUCAGAGUCCUGCGGGAGCAGCUGAACAGGCUUGAGGUGGGCUCUAGCGAGGUGCUGAAUCACACGGCGAGAGAACGCGAUGUGGACGUUGCUCAUCUGAAGACUGAGCUGGACAAGGCUUGCAGAGACCUGGCACUGGCCAAAGGGCUCGUGACGAGCCUGCAGCGCGAGGCGUCGCAGCGUGAAGAGCAGCUGAGGAGGCUGCACGCCGAUCUGCUGAGCACGCAGAGGGAGCUCCGUGAGAGGGAGCAACAGCAGCAGCCACUGGCUUCCACAUCUGGCAAGUCUCUCAUACAGAAGGAAACGCAGAGACUGGAAGAAGCGCUCGCAGCCAGAGAGGAAGAGGUGGAGUCGCACAAACACGCCAUCAGAAAAGUGGAGUUGCGGCUGAGGGACAUGGAAGUGGAGGUUGAAAACCUCAAACGGGAGAAGGAGGACGUUGCCAAGUGUCUCUCGCAGGAGAAGCAGACACUUGAACGUGUGCAGGAGGAGGGAGAGAGGCUUGGAUUGCAAGCGCAGGAGGCCUCGCGGAGAGAGCGACUGGCUACCACCCGGCACCAGGAAGCUCAGCACACGCUGGCCGAGUUGCGUGCGGUGCUCGUGCGGCUUUUGCCCUCGGUUUCGAACACAGAGCUCCCACCUGAGCCGGCCAUCAACCAGGUGGAGCAGCAGCUUAGUCGGAUCGUGGCGCGAGUGGCGGAGCUCGAGGUUGCGCGGGGUGGCGCAGCAGAGGAAGAAGAGAUGUGGCGGGCACACUGUGCCAACCUGCAGCAGGCCCUCGUGUCUAUCCAGGCUGCAGCGGAAGGUGGCGCCGGCGCCGAUAACAGCGAUGGCCCCCUGGGCACGAGCAUGUGGGAGCUGCAGGCGCUGUCUGUAGAGGGGCCUGCCGCCUCGCUGCGGGAUGCCCUGUGCACACUAGUGGGCGGCCUGGUGUCGUGGCAAGGGCACGUGCUCUCUGCCCUCACUGACGCCGGAGUUCGUGCUGAGGAUUCACGCACGCCUGAUGGAAUAGCAGCUUGCAUACGAACAUUACACCAACAGUGCCAGGAGACUACAAAUCAUUGUAACACCAUCCAGCUGGAACUGGCGGCACUGCAGGAGAAGCACGAGGAAGAGGCGCGGACUCGAGAAGAAGAGAAGGAGCAGAGCGAGCGAGAGCGGCAGGAGCUGGAGAGAGCGCACGAGCAAGAGCGGGAGGGACGGCUGCAGCGGGAGAUUGAGCAGAGACUGCAGCAUGACGUAGAGGGCAUCAGGGACCAGGCUCGGCUUGAGAUCCAGCAGAGAGAGGAGGCUGCGACUGCCUGCCAGAAUCGCACCCAGGAGGCAGAGGCUGAGCUCACGCAGCUCCGGACGGCGAUGGAGGACAAGGAGCGUGCUGUGGCGGAUCUGCAGGCCGCACUGGACCAGGCUGCACGGAAUGCAGAGCAGCUCAAGGCCGAUGCCGAGCGGAGCCGCGAGGAGGAGGUGCGAAUGGCGCGCGAGGACGAGCGGAGGUCGCGGGACACUGAGGUGGCGGGGUUCCGUGAGCAGGCGUCUCAGCACGCGCUCACCAUCGUCUCCCUGGAGGGGAGGCUCUCCGCCCUGCUCGCCCAGAGCGCUCACGACUCCCGGAGCGCUCACGGCGCCCGGCGAGCCCCAGCCAGCGGGGGCAGGCGCCCAUCAGGGCAAGGGGAGUCCCCGAAGUCUGGCAGGCCUGGAGUGGGGUUCACCGAGACGGACGGCGAGCCCACCGAGAUAAUACCUGCAGCAGCAUCGUGUGGCGGGCGCUCCUGCUCACAGCUCCGGCGUGAUCUGACAGAGGUGCGCGCCUUGGCCCAAUCGCACCAUGACGAGGUGCAGUGCUUGAAGAGGAAGCUCGCCACUGCCCUCGGCCGCCUCUCAGACGUUGCUGGUGAACUCAGCGAAGGGCAAAAGGUGGCGGUGGAGCACGGGCGCGCCCAGCUGCGGGAAGCACACGUGGAACACGAGCGUCUGCAGUGCCACGUGACGCAGCUGUCCCGCCUAACGCACAAGCAGACCCGGCAGCUGCAGCAGGCCAACGAGCAGCUCCGGGAAUAUGGAGACAGGUUUACGGAGCAACAGAGAGAGCUGAACGACAAGAGGGCGGAGUUGGAGAACUUGCAGGCCGAGAUAUCCCAGAUGAAGGCAAGCACGUCCACCCGGCUUGCCCUGCAGCGCCAGCAGGCGGGCGAGGAGAGCGAUGCGGCGGAGCGGGCAGCUCGCUGCGAGGGUCACCGCCACGACGAGGUCAUUCAGCGGCAGAAAGAGGCACUUGUGGAGCUGAGGGCCCGGCUCAAGGCCAUGGAGAAACUGCGGCCUGAGUUGACCGUGAGCACCAGUAAAUCAGUGCUUCAGCAGGAGUUUGCCCAAGAAGUGAAGCGUCAAGAGGAGUUCCUCGCAUUACUACCUGCAGGGGAAGCCGAUGCAGAGAGUCAUCUCUCGGCAGUGAUGGCAGAGGCUGCUAUGGAGCGCAUGGCUCGACUGGAGACCAUCGAGAGCCUGGAGCUCAGCGAGAGAAGCUACCUGGAUCUGGCCCAGGCCUUGGCCGAGCUGCUGCAGACGCCGGAGUUGCCUGGCUCCCGUCCCCUGGCGGUGACGCCGAGGGAGGGGAGGGUGGCGUUGAGCGAGAGGCGGCAUGAGGAUCGAGCGUCGCUGCUGGCGUCAGUGCGCGCGCUUCGCUCACAGCUGCAGCACAAGGAGACGCUGUUGCAGGGAUACGAGGGAAACCUGAGGAAGCUGCGCGAGUAUGAGCAGACGGCCGCGGCGCGCGCGGAAAAGGUGUCGGAUCUGGGUGAGGAGGUGGACAGGAGGAACGAGGAGAUUUCACUGCUUAGGCAGGCACUGGAGCAGACGCGGGCGCAGCUGGAAUCCGAGCAGCGCCUUGGCCGCAACCUUAAGCAACGCCGGGGGGUGGUGUUAACGCUGCAAGAGAAGCAACCUGCUGCCAGGUGCACACACAGCUGUGUACGCGAGGACAUCCACGGCAAGGCUGAGAGCAAACAAAGGGCUCUGGUGGAGCGACUCCGCAAGAGAGAGUACGAGGUGAGCGUGCUGAAGGGACAGAUCCGACAUGGAGCGAGCGCCGCCUCCACGCAGCACGCAGACGAGGCGUCCCUCUCCGCACCCCGCGGCUCACUCCACUCUCCCGGCCUCGCCGCUAACUGAUGGUGUGCCGGGAGGAGCGGUGAGUUCCGCUGGAGGAUCCGCCGCGUGGCCCGUGGCGAGGAGGGGAUGAGCAGCAACGCGGUCUGGAACCCAGGCUUCCCACACCGACCUCGAGUCUUCCUCUCCUUAUAUUCACCCCAGCGGAGCUAGGCUCUGCCUCUAGUCACGCCCCCUCGUGGAACCUUCCCGAUGGUUCGAGAACUUCUCUAUCCAACUCUGCCCGUCCUCCUUGGCCCAGAUAUUACCCCCCUUCGGAUUGGAUGCUGAUUACGUAAUGGUGCCUGUCCCCUUUACCCUCUGGCACCCCCUGGAUGGCGCUCAUUACAUAUUAUCACAACUCUGUAAUGUGAGGGAUGCACUAACAGUAACGCUUCCAACUUUUCUAAAUCACUUUUCAUUGCUUCCCUACAAAAGGCAACGCACAGUAAUUUUUGAGAUGGCGGAGAGAUUGAAGUUCGUUUUGAGGGAAUUGUGUCAAGAUGUUAGACGGCGAGAGUUCUAUUUCCUACAGCGGAGCCCGCGCCGAUGGUACGCAUUGGGUGAACUGCGCUGCCCCAUCCACUGUGCAACCCAGACCUGGAACCCACAGGUCUUCCGUCUGUUCGGGCCUUUAAAGGCUUGGCUGGCUGACCACGGACAACACUUUUACAAGUGACUGGUGCACGUGAUGCCCCUCACGAAUGGUUACACGAUGCACGCUGACGAUUUCCCUUUGCUUGCAUAGACAUUGACCCCGGUUCCAGAUUGGAAAAAAAAAGCAAAUUUGGCAAAUGUUCAUGACUUUGCAAUGAAUCAAGAAUCAGGUUUAAUGAAAAGUUAUUCUGGCAACAUGGUGCGUUAUAGUUAGGGUUUUUGCUCAGAUGUUGAUUAAAGAGAUGUGUUAAUGCUCUUGAUCUGUUAGCAUUACUUUGAAUAACAUAAUUAGCAUCAUCAUGAUGGUUAACAGAACAAUGUAAACGCUACUCUUACAGUUGGCACUUUGCUGCGACAUCACGUUGGUAGUGUGAAUGCGAACUUUUGAGCACAGUCGUGUGCCGGCUGCGAGAGCUUUUGAAUACCGGCAGAAGUCGCGUGUUGAUAUUGCUUGUCCAUGCCCUUACGAAUGGUAAUAAACUUCCUUAGCGUGUGUGUUAUUGCAUGCUCUAUGUUGUAAUUAUUUAAUGCCCACAGUUCAUUUCAUAUGGAACCGAGUUGUACUGAACGCCCGAUCCCCAAAUACGAAGGAGACGUCACAGUGAAACACUCCUCUGCUCUGGACACAGUUGUCUGGCUUGACCAC